AUGCUUCAAACAGAUGACCAUCUUAAAAUUCUCGGCAUCCGGUGGAAUCCGUCCUCUGACGCCUUUCAAUUUAACGUCACACUUCCGCAUUCCGAGCAGACUACCAAACGGUCGAUCCUGUCAACUAUCGCGAGAUUGUUCGAUCCGUUGGGGUGGAGUACUCCGGUUACCGUUGUCGCGAAGAUUUUCCUUCAGAAACUCUGGCUGCUCAAAAUCGGAUGGGACGACGUGCUUUCCGCUGACAUUCUCGAUCGCUGGGACUCCAUUCGCUCAUCUCUCGCCGCUCUGCACGGUCUUCAAUUGGACCGCUGGAUUCAACGCGGUGCAGAUUGCGUCAGAUGCGACUUACACGGUUUUGCAGACGCAUCUUCGCACGCUUACGCUGCCGCCGUGUAUAUUCGAAUAGUUUCGUUAUCCGGUGAAAUAACAGUACGAUUGUUAAUCGGAAAAUCAAAAGUCGCGCCGAUAAAAACAUUAAGUAUUCCACAGCUGGAACUCGCCGCUGCCGUGUUACUCGCGAAACUAAUCGAUUUUGUCAAAUCAUCCCUGCAUCUCCCUGCAGAUUCUUGCCACUGUUGGACCGAUUCCACGGUAGUUCUCGCGUGGGUGGCGCAACAUCCAUCAAAGUGGAAGACGUUCGUCGCGAAUCGCGUCUCUGAAAUACAAUCUAGACUCCCAAACGCGCAAUGGAGACACGUCCCCACUGAUCACAACCCCGCGGAUUGCGCGUCACGCGGUAUACCCGGUGAGAAUUUUACCUCUCACACGCUCUGGUGGCGGGGACCUGCUUGGUUACAUUUUUCUGAAUCCGAAUGGCCGGCGCCAUUCGAUUCGUCUCUUUCGAUGCCCACGAUGGAGCGAAAAGAAAACGCGGCGUCUCAUCUCGUGUCGCGACGAAAACCAUGGGACCUUGCCGCACGGUACUCUUCGUGGCCGCGUUUAAUUCGUGUCACCGCCUACAUCAUGAGAUUCAUCUCAAAGCUUAAAAGACACUCGGUGCCGCGCGACACAUGCGACGAAGGCUCCCGGUCAAUUUCCGCGCUCGAAUGUAGAAAAGCACGAGACUUUUGGUUGUUGCAAAUUCAAUCAGAAUUAUUCGCGCGGGAAAAGGAAUCGUUGUUGCAGCAACGUUCGAUUCCAGCAAAGAGUGCAUUGUUGUCUUUCACGCCAUUUCUCGGCGAAGACAAACUAAUCCGCGUUGGCGGGCGGCUGUCGCGUGCCCCCAUGCGGUUCUCCGAAAAACAUCCUAUAAUCUUAGCUGCACAUCCUCUUGUGAACCUCCUCGUGCAGCACGUGCAUUUAAGAUCUCUUCACGCGGGGCCUCAAUUAACUCUAGCUACUCUUCGUCGAGAGUACUGGAUAUUGCGUGCUCGAAAUAUCGUCAAAGCUGUCGUUUUCCGCUGCGUAGUAUGCACGCGUGAAAAGGCAGCUACUCCCAAUCAAUUGAUGGGAAACUUGCCUUCGGUGCGCGUUUCUCCUCCUGCGCGCGCGUUUAUUAAUUGUGGUCUCGAUUAUGCUGGUCCCGUUUUAAUCAGAUCAAUGUCGGGACGCGGUGUCGCUUCCCGCAAAGCCUACAUCUCCAUCUUCGUCUGUAUGGCCACGCGAGCCAUACAUUUAGAAUUAGUCGAGAGUUAUUCCACUCCAGCCUUCUUAGGCGCCUUUUCAAGAUUCUGCUCCCGACGUGGCAUGCCUGAAUCAGUCUACUCUGAUAAUGGAACCACUUUUGUAGGCGCCGAUCGCGAAUUGGCCGCAUCAUUUCGAGCCGCGCUGCGCGAUCCAACUUUUCAAAAUAGUGCCGCUUCCGACGGGGUGUCAUGGCACUUUAUGCCUCCAUCCGCGCCUCACUUCGGCGGACUAUGGGAGGCCGGGGUUCGCAGUGUCAAGUAUCAUCUUCGCAGAAUCGUCGGUUCACACACUCUUACGUUCGAAGAGUUCACAACGAUUCUCUGCAACAUUGAGGCCUGCCUAAACUCGCGCCCUAUCGCGCCUCUCACUGAUUCCGUCGACGAUUGCGAUUCUCUGACGCCCGGUCAUUUCUUGAUCGGAUCCGCGAUUACGAUCGCGCCUGAACCCUCUGUACUGCAUCUAAAUGAGAACCGUUUGACGCGCUGGCAACUUGUUCGCCAGCUCACAGAACGUUUCUGGAAAAUCUGGCAGCAGGACUACAUCAAUACCUUGCAACAACGCGUCAAAUGGAAGCAAGUUUCGAAAAACGGAGUUCGCGUCGGGUCACUGGUCCUGUUACGCAAUUCUCUCCUUCCGCCUUGUAAGUGGGACUUAGCUCGCGUCAUCCGAUGUCACCCGGGUCCAGACGGUUUGAUUCGCGUCGCGACGGUGAAAACCGCGACUUCCGAAUAUACUCGGCCUAUUGUCAAAUUAUGCUUACUUCCGAUAGACGUCGAAAGCCUGGACAACCUUACGUAA